GAAAACGAUUGAUUGCGAUUUUUCUUUUUUCUUUUUUAAAUUUAUUUUGUUGGUUUUCUUCUUAUUUUCUCCUCAUUUCCAUUCCCCUUUACUUUUUCCGCGGGCUUCGUUCUCGAUUAUCCUUGCUCAAAUCCAGAGAGCGGGAUUGGAUUUGUGUUCGCAUUGUGUCUGUUCUUCUGCAUCGAUUGGAAUGCUUAUAUGACGUUUCCGCAUCGAGGAACUGGAAGGAAUGAGUCUAUUAGUUCAGAUAAGAUAGAGAUGAGUAAAGUAAGUUCCUAUUCAAAAGAGAAACCGAAUACGGGUCAUUUUUCAUCUUCUAGUGAAGUGAAAAAGCCUGCAGAAAAAGAUUUAAGCUCCUCCACGUUUGUUAAUCAGGCUGCAAUUCGUUGGCACGAGAGUAGAAAGAAGUGGAUCAAUAAACAAUCUCAACAACAACAAAGAAUGGAAAGGGAAUCCAUCAUAAGUUCGAUUAGAUAACUCGACAUGAAAUUUUCUUUUUAGCAGUAGACGAGAGUUGUCAGUUGAGACCGCUGUAUCUAACUCCCGGAGACGUUCCCCGACGACCUGCUACCUGAUCUUCCUUUUACUAGUUUCGUAAAGAUUAUAAUCAUCUUACCUUGUGAUCUUUGUUCAAACUAACAACUAACCCAACAUUGUAUCGUUGGCCACUUUUGUCCAGCAUCUUGUAUUUAAGCAGAAAUUCAGAGUCUGGACACUGGAAGCUUGUUUGUAGAAUUGUUUUUUUGAAUAAUUUCAUGUUCCUUUUUUAAGCUGUGUUUCAAUUAAUUUGAUCGGAAAUCUAACAUUAUUG